GAGGCAGUGUCCGGCCCGGCGCGGCGGCGCGCUCCGCCAUGCCAUGUCCGCGCUGAACUGGAAACCCUUCGUGUACGGCGGGCUCGCCUCCAUCGUGGCCGAGUUCGGCACGUUCCCCGUGGACUUGACCAAGACGCGCCUGCAGGUGCAGGGCCAGAGCGCCGAUGCGCGGUUCCGCGAGGUGCGUUACCGCGGCAUGUUCCACGCCCUGUUCCGCAUCUGCCGCGAGGAGGGCGGCCGCGCCCUCUAUUCGGGGAUCGCCCCUGCGCUGCUGAGACAGGCGUCCUACGGCACCAUCAAGAUCGGCAUCUACCAGAGCCUGAAGCGGCUGUUCGUGGAGCGCCUGGAAGAUGAAACGUUGCUAAUCAAUGUAAUCUGUGGAGUGGUUUCAGGGGUGAUCUCCUCUGCCCUUGCCAAUCCGACAGAUGUGCUGAAGAUUCGAAUGCAAGCUCAAGGCAGUUUGUUCCAGGGUGGCAUGAUAGGCAGCUUCAUCGACAUCUACCAGCAAGAGGGCACCCGAGGCCUCUGGAGGGGCGUUGUUCCAACAGCCCAGAGAGCUGCCAUUGUGGUUGGGGUGGAACUGCCAGUCUACGACAUCACCAAGAAGCACUUGAUUCUGUCAGGCCUGAUGGGUGAUACAAUCUUUACCCACUUUGUGUCCAGUUUUACAUGUGGGCUGGCAGGAGCAAUUGCCUCCAACCCUGUGGAUGUGGUGCGGACACGGAUGAUGAACCAGCGAGCGAUAGUGGGCAGUGUGGAGCUCUACAAGGGCACUCUGGAUGGUCUUGUGAAGACAUGGAAGAGUGAAGGGUUCUUUGCACUCUAUAAAGGUUUCUGGCCCAACUGGCUUCGGCUUGGUCCCUGGAACAUCAUUUUUUUUAUCACAUAUGAGCAACUGAAGCGACUUCCAUUCUGAGAGCUAGCUUCAUUCCAUGAGUGUCAUCUUCAAGGCUCACAGCAGUGUUUUGCUGCAGCCUUCAUUUCACCAUCCCCACGUUUUGAUGUUUUGUUACGUGUGGGUCUGGAUUCUCCUCCUCCCCCACAUUCAUGGUCCCUGAAGGUUGGUUCUGACUGAAGUGUAACUGGGAGGCUGAUGGCAGGUACUGCAUGCUUUGUUCCACACAGAGGUGAGUGUUCACUGUGCACGAGUGUCUGGGCCUGAAGCAAUAUCUUCUGUGAAGAUCUGUGCAUUCCAGUGGCCUUUUGAUGCAGCUGUGGUUUGUUUGACUCACGUACUUUGUUCUGCCAUACCUGUGGGGUGAGGCUGGAAGCUGGACAGAGGUGCUGUCAUGUUUUCCUGCAACCUGUAACCUCAUUAAAUUAUUUAUUGACUGGA